UAAUUAGGAAAUGAAGUUCAUUAUUUCGCGAUAAGACAUUGCUUCUAAUUGCCCGGCACGCUUGCCAACGAGGCUGAUAAGGAUAAGAGCCGGUCGAGUGCACGUUUGCGUGGAACCGGCUGAGUGCAGAGAAUCCCAUGCAACCUUAUGCCAAGAUUCCCCGAUUGCAAUUUGGAAAAAAGACCUCGUUGCGGACGGAGUAGGAUCCAGAACAGAGAUCUGUCUCAUUGAGGAGCUGCCGUCGCGUGAUCAUUAUUCGGCGUGAAAACGAAAUCCAAGACUCAUUGAUCAUUAUCAGAUGGCAACGCGGUAGUGGAGCUAAUCGCGGCUGCGACGGAGCCCGACGGAUCGCACCGCUCGCCUCCUCCGAGGCGCGGGCGUGCGUGCACAUGUCUGUCAUUCUUAUUGCAGAUAACGCGGACGCAUCUCUCCCUGAGAGACGCGCCUCGAUAGCAUGGAGCGUGUCACGCGUCCGCCUAUAUACGCCCGCGUGCACAUCGCGGCGCGCAGUCCGAGCCGGACGUCACCUCGGUGGAGUCGCCGGUGCACGCCAGCGCGUUGAGACCGAGAUCGACUCCCCCAGUCCCCGCCGACGUUGGCCGACGUUUCGAGCGAGCGCGCGCCGCACCGCGCGGCUCUCCGGUGACAUCAGCCAGCGAGAAUCCCGCGUCGGCUGAGCGACGCGGGCGGGACGCCCGCUCCGAUGUCUCUGUCGCGGCUCGGCGAGCACGACGCCGAUUACCAGCGAUUCGACGACGAGACCAGCCUGCCGCUCGACCAGAACAUCACCAAUGGCCCGAGCCGACAAUACGGCUCCAUGCUGUCCUCGCCCACCUCGGAGAGUCGUGUAAGGUCGUCGUUUGGCAAUGCUAAUAACAGUAAUCAGCGGAGUCCCAAGUACGAGGCAGAUGAAACGAGGUCCGCAGGCAUGGGCGAGGAUAUAGGGUUCGCCGCGCGCGACGCGACCCUCGACGUGGACGGAGUUCUCGACCUGAACUGGGAAAUGAACUACCACGAGGCUGCGAUAUUUUUAGAGGAAGGUAGAAACAAUGAGAAAUUCGAUUCUCACCCAAGGCAUCCUGAAGAUUUGCCGGCGUAUCUCAUAGUCCAUAGCGGUUGUUACAAUGGAGUAGACUUACUGGUUUCGUUGAUCCUGCUGUCGCUGGCAUUCUCGGAAGAACCUGCCCUGCCACUGUUCAAAGUGCCAGUCUGGGUACAUGGCUCGGUGGAGUUACUUGCGUUACUUACUAUCGCAAUGCAGUUGGUUUUAAAGCUGAGGUGGACCGGCUGGGCGCCUAUGUUAAGGCACAAGCGUACAAUGUUGAAGUGUAUCACACUAGCAAUCAUGUUUCUCGAAGCUAUGACAGUCAUGGUGCGGCAAUCCUCGCAUUUUCGCGUGACGCGCGCCCUGAGACCCAUCUUUCUGAUAGACACCAAGUAUUGCGGCGGCGUAAGAAGAUUUAUACGGCAGAUACUUCUCACGCUGCCACCCAUUCUAGAUAUGUUGGGGCUUCUCUUCUUCUUGAUUACUGUGUAUACCAUACUGGGUUACUACAUGUUCAGCGAAAUGAACAGAAAUUUCUCCACGAUGCAAGAUAGCUUCGUCAGCCUGUUUGUCCUUCUUACCACCGCUAACUUUCCAGACGUAAUGAUGCCGUCGUAUUCUCAAAAUAAGUGGUACGCGAUGUAUUUCGUAUCUUAUUUGUGUACCAUGCUGUACGUGAUGAUGAACUUGAUGCUGGCGGUUGUGAACGAGACGUUCACGUCUCGCGAGCGUGACAAAUUCAAGAAGCUGUUUCUGCACAAGAGGAAGGCUUGUCAACACGCUUUCAAGCUUUUGGUUUCACACCAAGACCCUGACAAGAUACGGUUCCGUCAGUUCAAGGGUCUGAUGCAAUAUUACGCCCCGAAUAAACCGAUGCGGGACAUUGUUUUAAUAUUUUCUCAUAUAAAUACAUCGGGAAGUGGCGCUUUAACUUUCGAGGAAUUCUUGUCAAUUUAUGACGCCAAUACGCUUCAGUGGGAUUUGCAAUACUCUAAUAUACCGUGGUACCGCACUGCAUGGUGGCCUUUGCAAACGCUUUGCACAGGCGCCCAUACUGCUAUCAGAUGGACAUAUUUUGAAACUUUGGUGUGUGUAAUUAUUACCGGUAAUUGUAUCGCCAUGAUAAUACGAUUUCUUGAACCGAGUAACAGUCUUGAGGAAUCGGCGCAUGGAUUUGCCGCGUGUUGGGAUACUCUGCUGUUUGGGGGACUUUUCGUGGCCGAGGCGUUGUCAAAAGUAUUGGCUCUUGGUAUUAAAUGUUACCUGAGCUCCGGAUGGAAUCUUUUCGACUUGGGAACGUCAGUGAUGACCCUCGUCGCUGCGUGCGUUCUCAUUGUAUUCCCGUCGGCAACGUUUCUGGUUCUGUUCCGGCCUCUCAGAACGCUGAGGUUGUUUAAGAUCAAGAAACGCUACCGAGACGUUUUCGGCACUCUGGUAAUACUGUCUCCCCAGAUGUGUUCGACAGCGAUCGUCAUGCUGGUCUUGUAUUACUUUUUCGCGAUCAUUGGAAUGGAACUGUUUGCCGGAUACGAUAUGCGCAAUUGCUGCAAGAAUACGACUGUUGAAGAUUUCUACGAGUAUUCUGUCAAUGGUAGCACGGCAUUGGGAUAUUAUUAUCUCAACACUUUCGACAAUCUCAUAGCGAGCGGAAUUACACUCUUCGAAUUAACAGUUGUUAAUAAUUGGUUUAUACAAAUGAAUGCAUACGCAUUUACCGCGGGCAUGUACACAAGGAUAUAUUUCAUGAUAUUUUAUCUAGUGACCAUGAUUGUAUUGACAAUCGUGGUAUCCAGUUUCCUGGAAGCUUUUCGAUUUAGGAUUCAGUAUAAAAAAUCAACUUCAAAACAUGACGAGGAAAAAAUGUUGCACGAAGAGGUGGAAUUAAAAUGGGAUGAAUUGCAAUGCCUAAUCGAAGAUUUUCAAACUCUCGAAAAUCUGCGGAACUCUCUAGUUGUCGGAGGAAGCACUCUCUUCAUUGGUUCGCGGCCGCGUACGCGGGAGGUUUUACAGAGAAAGAUGUACACGUAUGAAAUAAACAAAUGGAUAGCCGAGGCAAAGUCCGAAGAAAAGCAACUUGUAUCUAAUGCAACGCAAUGCAAUGUAGAAGAGGGAAGCGGUGACGGGACCUCCGAUUCUGAUCAUCUUGUAUUAAACGGCAAUUUGCGUCAUCAGCAAAACAAUAGUAUACCUACUCGGUAAAAUCGGUGAUGUAACUUAGACCAGAUUUGGAAAAUCAACUUAUAGAUGUCUCGCUUAUACUCGUGUAAGUGCAUUUACCGUAAUAACGUAGCUCGCUUAGGCGUUAACGAAUAUAUAAGAUUUUAACAGUAGGGAGAGAUAAUGUAUUAUAUAAUGUUACAUUAAGGAUCUUUUUUUAGCGAUAAAAUUCUAAAGGAUACAAUUAUGAAAUUUAACAGAAACGAAUGACUUCCUUUAUAGUUUUGAUAUUACAAACUAGUCAUGAAUUAGAAAAAAAUUUUAUUUUUAGGAAAUCAUCAUCAUUUUGUUCAACUCACGUUGACGUGCGUGUUAGUUUCAUCGUGUGUAUAAUUAUUCAUGCGACAAAUAUAUACUCUGACAGUGAUUAUUACGAGGUACAUUAUAACAUUUUCAUAUGGAUCAUAUCAUUGUUUCAGUAUGAACAAUAAGCAGCGUUGUUUUCAUUGUUUUAUUGCAUUAAAAAAAGGCUUAAUUCAACUAAUUGUAAGGUAAAUCAUUAGAGCAGACUCGAGGAUAGCGCGGGAUCCGGAGCAGGAUGAUCUUGCUUAUAUUUAUUAAUUUUUCUUGUAAAUGAAGGAAAUGUCAGUCUACAGAAUUUAACAUAUCUAUGAAAAGAAUGAAGCAAAUAUCCUUUUACCUCGGGUAGACUCUGCACACAAAUAUGACAUAUAGACGUAUCUAACAUUCGUUACGUAUUAUUAGCGCGAAAGAAUAUUUUAUUGUUAUUUUUCUAUUUUUUAAUGUAAUAUUUCAUGUAUUUAUUUAACAAAUAGAUGCUUUAUUAUGUGUUGAACGUA